AUGGGCUUCCAGUAUCGGACCUUCAAGACCUUCGCGCUGGCGGUCAUUUCUCCUUUUUGGCCCAUGUCGCUGCUCUUUGUUCGCGCGCUGCGCAGCGGCGCGCGACCUCUGCUGGGGCUCGGUGAAGAGCGGGUGGAGGAUUCCAUCGCGACGACAGCUUCGACGCAGGAGCGCGCCCCGGGAGGACUGGCUGUCUACAACGAGGACGAAGAGAAUUUGCCGCCCCUGAAAUUCGAGCCGGGCGUCGUGGGGGCAGCGCAGAAGGGCGUGUCGGCGGUUGUCAUUGCAUUUGGCGCGUGCGCCUUCGGCGCAUGCUUCUGGGGCGUGUCGCAGGCGCUGUUUCCGUCGGCGACGAGCACGCAAGUUAUUUUCAGCGAGGCGCUCGACAAGGUGUCCCUCGACGCGACGGUUGGGUACGCGCUCGGGACGCCACUCAAAGCCUGGGGCGCAGACCGCGGCGGGGAUCGCGGCAGGCGCAAUGCGAUGGAGCGCUGGGAAACCGAGGAGGACGGGCAGCCCGUGGUGACGAUCCGGUUCCACGUGGCGGGUCCGCAGGGCACCGGAGUCGUCGUUGCUCAAGUGCCUCAGAAGAGAAAACGCGGCGAAUUUCGGUACAUCCUAUUCGAGCACCGCCGCAAGCUGAUCAGUGUUCUAGACAAUCGCACCGACGCCGCUGCCCUCCCUGCGCCGUCGCCCGUGCCUGCCCCCUCCGCCGCACCGUCCGCCUAGAGGAUGCAGGAAUCCGUGGUCCGGGCGGUUCUUUCGCGGUAUCCGCCGUAUACGGCGGGAUAUGCGCCGGAUACGUGGAGAUACCGGGAGAGAGGGCGGGAUAUGGUAUGGGGAGAUAUGAGGACCCGCGCCGUGGCGGAUCGGGCGCCGCGGCCCGCUGAGCCGGGGGGUCGCGGCGACAUGUACG